AUGAUGCGCCUCUCCGUAGUCGCCAGCAACGUUUUUGCGGCGGUCGUCUUGGCCAGCGACAUAACCUUCUACCUCAACGACAGCGCCUGCACCGGCGCCGCCCUCGUCGUCAGGAACGUCAACCCAGGGACAUGCGCCUCUGUCCCGGUCGGCGCCCCGUCCAUCAGAUUCAGCGGCUCUGCGAGUGAAGCCCGCGACCUCCAGGGCUUCCCAUCCCUAGCGCCCUCGUGCGGCGGCGUCAACCUCCCGCGGGGCGUGCCCUUUGGGACCUGCGUCGGCGGCGGCCAGAGCGGGCCGUUCCGGAGCGCGAGCGUCCGUCGGCGUGUUGGAGCCACCGCAGCCACCUCAGUUGGGACUCAGGCCGGUGGUGGUGGUGAUUCCUGCUGGACGACUGGAUGCGGGGAGGCUGAUUUCAUCGUCCACGAGGACGGGUCUGUUCUCGAUAUAGCUGGCCUGGAAGCCGGCGAGUUGACUGAAGUGGUAAGCAAAAAGGCUCCCCAAGACAUGGGCCGUUAUAAAUUCAAGGAUGAUUGUGCGCUGACACUGGCUGGCCACUCCUAUCUCGAGCUUGUCACCGCCGGCGCAACGGUGGAGGAGAUCAUGGACGGGCGCAACAUCACGCUGAUCGCCGAGUAG